AGCAACUGUUGCACACUAUUAAAAGUCAUCGAUUGAGUUGAUUUACUUUUAGUCAGUUGACAACUUUUUGGUAUGAAACAUUAGAUGAACCAAGAGAACAGUAGAAAGGAGAAAUGAUACUUGCAAUAGUUUUGUUAGUGGAAUUGAUUUUCAUUUCUGCCAAUGGUCAACUGUUGUGCUACACCUGUGAUGACUGUGAAUCAGACAGUGUGGCCUCGGUGGAACCAUGUGGCUUCGCGGCAUCGGUCUCAACCACACACUGGCCAGGCCAACCCGGUCAAUGGAAUCCGUGGGAUCCGGCGCUGACUCCCCCGUACCAUCCUAGCACCAUUUACCCACCGGGAAGUGGCAUCACGAGUCAGAACUACUGCUAUAUGACCCAGUGGAACUCGCCCUGCUACCAGUACCUUCCUUGUGACCCGAAUUACCCCGUAGUGCCAUGCUAUCCUCACUACCCGAUGCCCCAGUGUGACUCUUUCAACCCUACGUACCCGUGCUUUGUGUCUACUGGAUCUGUUGGGGAAGGAGGAGGCGGAAGUUGGGAUCUGGCUACGCCACCUGUAACGUCCUUACCUUGGUGGCCAGCGGCCAAACAAGCGAAAGUGACUUCACCGACGGAAGUACCCUCAACUCAACAGUACGGUUGUCUAUCGUCGAGAUCCAUAGUCAAUAAUCGUGAUGUGGUUCGUAGGGGAUGUGCCAGAUUAGAGUCCAGUAAAGAUGAAACAUGCAACAAGGCCACCGGAGGAAAGCAUCAAAAGUGUGCUGUCUGUACGACUCAGCUAUGUAAUUCGGAAACGUUCUAGAAAAACCCUUUGAAAAAAAAAUGAAACGCAGACAAAUAUACCGAGCAAAUUUAA